UAAUUGUGUUAUAGAAUGAAUGAAUGAAUGAAUUUAUGAAUCGAUAGUCAGUUUUGAUAUUAAUAUUGAAAUUAGAGUUUGAGUUGUUUUAUAUGUGUUUGCAAUACAAUGAAAGUGCUGUAAAACUGUGUAUAAGUAUAGCAUUAAUAGCGGGAAAUGCAUUGAAAAUAGUGAGCAAAACGGGAAUCCAUUGUAUGGUUUAAUGAGCGCAUGAGUUAUAACAUGAGUGACAAUACUUUGAACAAUCAUAUCGUCCAACAGUUUGUCCACAAAUUGAUCCAACAAUUAGAUACUCAACAAACAGAUUCAAUACCUGUCAGUGAUGUCAAACAAUUGAUUGAAAAGUUGGCCACAAGUGUUGUUCCCGAAGUGACCGAUAAUAUUAAUAAAUCAACUAAAGACACGAAUACACCAAACACUGGGACAUCACUGUCGGCGUCUGAGAUCAACACCAAUGAUAACACACACAUCAAUGGUCAACACGAAUGCCAUUCCGAUGACAAUCAACUGACAACAGAAGACAAACUGUUGACUUCAUUUGACAAUAUAAUCAAUACUAGUGUUGAGUUAAUUGACUCAUCUUUGGACACAUCACACGAUAACAUCCAUCACAUCACUGAUAAAGAUAGUGAUAAUCAAGUGUCAGAUGAAGACACUGAUCAACAAUUUAACCAAAGUGUUGAUAAGUCUAUAGAUAAUAGCGAUAAAAUAAUUACAGAUAAUAUCAGUGAUUAUCAAGUGUUACCUGAAUAUAGUGAUUAUAGUGAUGAACAACUUAACCAAAUUGUAAAUAUAUCUGCAGAUAAUAGCGAUAAGACAUUUACCGAUAGUAUCAGUGAUAAUAAAAUUGAAAAGUCCACAGAAGACACUGUUAUUGAUAGUGUCGAUCAUAGCCAGAGUAUCCAUAAUAGAGAUCAAUUAGACGACCAAAAGUGUCCUCAAGAAGUCAAUAGUGAAAGUGAUAUUAAAUUAAAUACUGAAACUGAGUUUAGAGUCAAGAAAAGAGACGCUUUAGACUCGGAAAUUAGUUCAGACGAUAACAUUAGUGAUAUAUCUAUGGGAAGUGCCAGAAGAUUGCGCUCAAGAAGUGAUAAGACGAGUGCCAAAAGCAGUGCCGAUACUUCUGACGUUGAUUUUAGUGAUUCGUCAAAUAUACCCGAAUCGGACUCAGACUCUGAUUAUACCACAACUCGACGAUCAGCUGCUAAUAGAGUGUCUAAAUAUGAUAAACUGAAAAACGAUAUCAAAUUCAAGUUAUUGCCAUCCAUUGACUUAAUUAAAUUGAGUGAUCAUAUCAUCGAGUUGUCAACAAAUGAGGCCAAAGAAGCUGAACAACUGAUUGUCAAUUUAGAGAAACAAUUGACAGACUCUCUAACAGCUGUCGGAGUGUAUUGUAGAACAAUGAAACCUAUUGUGUCAUCAAAUAAAAGAAAAAACAAUAAUACUGAUGAUGUGACUGAURAUGAUAGCAGUGGUUGUGAGGGUGACAAAGAAAUUAGGAAAUUGUGUCGAAAGCCUAGACUUAGUAAACGAACCACAAAGAAAUCAACAAAGUCUGACAAUGGUUCCAAUGAAUCAAAUGAUGAGAUCAUCACAAAAAACAAAAAGGAGUCAAAACAGAAUAAAUUGAAGACAUCGACACCACUUAAGUCAAAAUCAAGUGAUUCAGAACUUGAGUCCGACUGUGAUGUCUCUAAAGUGGCUAAAAGUUUCAAUGAUAAAAGUGAUGACACUUUUAGAUCAUUGAAGCCGUCAAAGAAUGUCGAUGUCUUGGACUCGGAUUUAAGUUCUGAUGAAGAAAUCAAUAAAAAGGACACUAAAAACAAAUCUAAUAAAAGCAACAAAAAUAAGGAUUUAGUGAAAGAUGAAAAAAAUGACAGCGAAUGUGAUAUUAAUAGCGAUAGUAAUAUUAAGACUAAUAAAAAGCCAAAUAUUAAAGAAAAGUCAGUAAUUAAUAUCGAGAGCAGUGAUGAAGAAAUUGUUGCCACGAAAAGAAAAGUUGCAAAAACUAAGCGAACAAAUUCUGACGACGAUUACAACGAUAAAGAGGAUAAUAGUGACGAUUACUCUGAAGGAGAAUCUGAAGGAUUGGAUCCGUCAGCUUUAGAAUCUGAGGACAACUCUGACGAUGAAAUUUCCGGUUCCGAUGGAAAGUCAAAGAAAUCAAAAAGUGGUAAAAAAUCGAAAGAUUCAAAAAAGAAGAAGAAGUCGAAGGAAAAAUCAAAGAAAAGAAAACGAAUUAAAAUUGCUGACUCAUCUGAUUCUGAUGAUUGUAAAGUUCUUUCUGACGGAAACAACGAAGAUUCGCCUAAUAAAAGCCGCAAAAACAUUAGGAAAGUUAUAUCCGAUAAGAAACUAAAGCAACAAACAAAAGACGCGGCAGAAGCAGAACGCGAUCGUAUUAAACGAAUUAAAGAACAUCAGAAAGUAUACAACGAUUUUAUUAAAGAAAGACAAUUAAAGUCAACGGAUGUCAAAGAAUUAAUACUUGAAUUCAACAAAGAAACCAAAGAAAUUGUCACUGAAGUGGACAAAGAUUUGGUGAAAUAUUUAAAACCYCAUCAAACAGAUGGCAUUCAAUUUAUGUAUAAUUGUCUCAUUGAGUCCAUCGACCAGUUGUCUAUAUCGGAAGGUUCUGGUGCUAUAUUGGCUCAUUCAAUGGGUUUGGGAAAAACAUUACAAGUAAUAACAUUUUUGUAUACAGUUAUGUCACACAAAGUUAUUAAAAAGCAUUUAAAGCGUUCAAUUGUGAUCUGUCCGGURAAUACAAUCAAGAACUGGGCCAAUGAGUUCAAAAUAUGGCUCAACGAUAAUGAUUUUGACGAUCUCUUAGUCUUUGAGAUGCACGACGCAAAGACACCACUUCAAAGGGCAGAACUAUUAAACUUGUGGUUUGAUAGGGGAGGAGUCCUUAUCAUUGGACUUACAUUAUAUUCGAGUCUUGUGAUGGGAGGACGCGGCAAAAAGCCUCCUAAAUCAGUGAGAACUGCUGUCCAUAAAUGUCUAAUAGAUCCCGGACCUGAUAUCUGUAUAUGUGAUGAGGGACAUUUGCUCAAAAAUGAAAAGACCUCUUAUAACAAAGCAGUUUCACAAAUGAAAUGUUUAAGACGUGUAGUACUCACUGGAACUCCACUUCAAAACAAUUUGAGUGAAUAUUAUGUUAUGGUAUCGUUUGUUAAGCCAAGUCUUUUAGGCACCAAAAAAGAGUUCAUCAAUAGAUUUGUAAAUCCAAUAACUAAUGGUCAACACGAAGAUUCAACUGAAUAUGACGUCAAAAUAAUGAAGAAAAGAGUGCAUAUAUUACACACAUUAUUGAAUGGUUGUGUUCACCGACGAGACUAUAAUGUUUUGGUACCAUAUUUGCUACCAAAAUAUGAAUAUGUAUUGAGUGUUAUGUUAACAGAAAAACAAAUAGAGUUGUAUUCGCAUUAUUUGGAGAAUUGCACCGAUAGGUCGCGUCAAUGUCUUUUAGCCGAUUACGGAGCCCUACGACUGGUUUGGAACCAUCCGAUACUUCUGUUUGAACAACACAGACGCAAACUUGAGAAAGAAAAUGACGAAUUGGACGAAUUUAUCAAUGAUGACGACGACGAUGAAGACGCCGAUAUACCAGCCAGUGGUGACUCUGAUAUCGAAUGUAUUGAUGAUAAACUAACGUCACGACCAUCAAGAAGAAUGCGAACUCGAUUUGGAAAGCAUGAAGAAGAGGAACAGGAGGUGGAGGAAGAUGUGAAAAGCGAAAAAAGUAGUGACAGUGUAUCCAAUGCAUGGUUUUCAAAGUUCCUUAAGAGUAGAGAAGACGCCAAACAAAUAGAACUCUCCGGAAAAUUUAUUCUUCUUUUCUCAAUACUUGAAGAAUGCGAACGAUUAGGCGAUAAAAUAUUGAUAUUUUCACAGAGUUUAGACACUUUAGAUCUCGUCGAAGAAAUGCUUAAAAUUAAAUCUGAAAUAUCAUUACAAAAGUCACGCCAAGAAAGCGAUUUAGAGACGUCUUAUAAUGAAGUAACCAAUUUGUGGUACAAAAACAUUGAUUACUUUAGACUCGACGGCUCUACCGGUUCUGACUAUCGGAAAACAUGGAUUGAUUUGUUUAAUCAGGAGAACAACUAUAGGGCCCGACUGUUCCUGUUAUCGACAAAAGCCGGUGGUUUAGGCAUAAACCUCGUCGCUGCCAAUCGUUGUAUUAUAUUUGACGCCUCUUGGAAUCCAUCACACGAUGUUCAAGCAAUCUUCAGAGUGUUUCGAUUCGGACAAAAAAAACCGGUUUAUGUCUAUAGGUUUGUAGCCCAAGGAAGUAUGGAAGAGAAGAUUUAUGAACGACAAGUGAUAAAACAAUCGCUUUCGUGUCGUGUUGUCGACGAACAGGCCAUUCAAAGACAUUUCAAACAAUCAGAAAUGUCUGAGUUAUACAUAUUUACUCCCGACACCAAUAAAGAUAGACCGACUCCUAAAGUACCCAAAGAUAGACUUUUGGCCGAAAUCCUUAUCAAUCAUAAGGAAUAUAUUGUCAAAUAUCACGAACACGACUCUCUUCUUGAGAAUAAACCCGAUGAAGAUAUGACUGAAGAAGAAAAGCAAUCGGCUUGGAAUGAAUACGAACAAGAAAAGGAUGCACUCUUUCUUAGAGAAGAACAGGAAAGGGAGGCACGUAUUCAAAGACAAAACUAUAUUUAUCAACAACAACAGUACCAACAAUAUAUUCAACAACAACAACAACAGCAGCAGCAACAGCAGCAACAACAACAACAAACACAACAAUACGCUCAACAGGUUUAUCAACAAAUGCAAAAUAAUCUUUUAUCACAAAAUCUUCAGUACGGCUCUACUUCUAACACAUUCUCAACACUUCUUCAAAAUCAGAUUUACCAGAAUAUUAUGAAAUCUCAGGAAGCGAUACGCAAACAACAACAACAAAAAUAUCAAGAAGCGACUGAAAUGAUUAUAAGACAACAAUUAUCAGCACAACAGUCCACUUCAUCAGCUAAUGGGGGUCUUCCGAGUUAUGACUCCAUGACUGUUGAAGACAUUGCACGAUAUUUUAGAGCACUUAAUACUAAUAUCAGUCCCAAUGAUUUGGUUCAGAAGAUUUUCAAUUUAAUCGACACCGGUAUCAAAACCUGUUCCAAGGAAUUGGAAGAUGUCAAACAACAGAUGAGAACACAGAAUUCGGUUGAAUUGAGACCGAAAUACGAAAAAUUGGCGAAAGAAGUGUUUAAUUUGAAUACUCAAAAAACAAGAGCUCAGGCUAUGUUUAUAAGCCAAAUGAAUAGGACAACAACAGCAACAACAACAACACCAGCAACAGCUGGUCCCAGUAUUUUGAGACGACAUAUGACGAAUGGUUCGACACCAUCGACAUCGACAUCCAAAUCUGCCAAUGAUUUGAUAGAAGAAGUCGAUUAAUAGCUUAUCAGUCAUUCAAAUCAUUUAGUCAUUAAAUGAUAAAUUACUUCAUUCAUAAUCGCAAUUAAUUUUUAAAGUUAAAUACUAUUUCUAUUUAAACAUUUGAUUUUAUCUUUAAUUUGAUUCAGUUAUUGUAAAAGUGAUUUUUGUGUGAAGACAUGCGUCGACAGGUAGACUAUUAAUACCGUACUAUUGGUUUAUAAGGUUUUACAGUAUAUUGUAUAUGAAAAGUUUGAAUCUGUAUUUCCUAUCAUACAGUUUAGCGCACAUUUAUUUUAAUAUAUCACAAGUUUCACUACUACUACUGCUACUAUCAUUGCUAUUUGUAACUAUUUAUUGAUAUUAUUAAUAAUAAUAUUUUGUCAUUAAGUUG